UAGCUGACGUUUGUGCCCAGUAGCGAGCUCUCUGCUGCAUUGUACCGCAUCGUGAGCGACUUUCCCCGUCUCACGCUGACAAUGACCACAAUCAAAACCAUUUACUUCGUUGUUGAUGGCAGACCCGAGCAAGCGGAAUUUCCCAGCGACUGCCCGGCCCAGGAUGUGAAAGAUAUAUUCCGAGCUGCUGCCGAGGCUGGUCCCCAUGAUAUCCUGAAAUUGUACAACGUAAAAGGCAGCAUUAUAAACAUUUCACCAAAGCUAGAAUCCAAUACUCGGCAAACCCAAUACAAACUGGAAGUUGUUGCUGCUGACUGUAAGACUGAUUCCUUGGGUUCUGAAUUGGCAUCCGCAUUGGGAUUCAAUCUCUCUGCCAUGGAGAAAAGACUACAGGAGCUGGAGAAGAAGCUUCGAAUUGAAUCAGGUCCAAUGCCGUCCAUUGUUUAUGAGAUGAGAAGUCGUGUGGAGUCCUUUCGGGAGAAACUUGAAAGUGUGGAACAUCUCAGCUGGCUUGGACUCUUUAAAGACCUGACAGAAUGGACAAACAAACCUUCACCUUUUUAUCACAAACGUUCACUAAGGAAGAACAAAGAAGAAUGCCAGCAAGUCAUGGAAAAAUACUUACAGAUGAGUAAUUUGGAAGUCACAGAGGAAGUUAGGCAGUACCUGAAGACACCGACCUUUGAUAACUGGCAAUGGGAGGACGCAGAAAUAAUGGUUCUACUUCAACUGAUGUUCGUUGACCUGGGUUUCGUGAAUAAAUUCCACAUUGAAAUGGAGGUCCUUCAACAAUUCCUCUUUGAAGUGUACCGCCAUUAUAACAACAUUCCAUUCCACAACUUUCAGCAUUGUUUUUGUGUCACUCAGAUGAUGUAUGGGUUGAUCUGGUUAACAGACCUUCAAAGUCGUAUGGAUGACAUUGAUAUCCUGACCAUGCUCACGUCUGCAAUAUGCCAUGACCUGGAUCAUCCAGGAUAUAACAAUGCAUACCAGAUCAAUGCUCGUACAGAACUGGCAUUGAGAUACAAUGACAUCUCUCCAUUGGAGAACCACCACUGCUCUGUGGCCUUUAAGAUCUUGGAAAAGCCAGAAAACAACAUAUUCCGAAACCUAACAACUGAACAGUACAAGCGAAUUCGGGAAGGAAUGAUAAAGUGCGUUCUGGCCACGGAUAUGGCUCGCCACAAUGAGAUUCUGAAUCAGUUCCGAUCCAUUUUGCCGGUGUUUGAUUUUAACAACAAAGAUCAUAAGGAUAUUCUUACAAUGAUUAUAAUCAAAGUCAGUGACAUUUCUAAUGAAGCACGUCCCCUGGAUGUGGCUGAACCAUGGCUGGAUUGCUUGCUGCAAGAAUUUUUCAAUCAGAGUGACAUGGAGAAACUAGAAGGUCUACCUGUGUCUCCAUUCAUGGACAGGGACAAAGUGACAAAACCAUCAUCCCAAACAGGUUUCAUCCGCUUUGUGUUGUUGCCCUUGUUCAUUGAACUUGCAAACUUAUUCCCUAAUUUGGAGCAACAUAUCAUUGACCCUGUGCGCAAGGCUUUGGAUUACUACACUGAAAUGGAAAAAGCUUUGGAAAAGGAGAAACUGAGUCACACUGGCUCCCCGUUGAAUGAAAAGAAUCUGAAAUCUCCAGAAGACCAGAAGGGAAUCCAAAUGAAUGCAGAUUCAACUGAGCUUUCAGAAACUAUGAACAACACCUCAGACAGACCAGGAGCACUUCAAUCUUCACAGGAAAUGGAAAACAGUGAAUAUCCAGUGGCAAGACAAGAGUCAAGACGGCUGGAGAUGGGACUGUGCGCAGUGGAUGACCAGAACAUCUUCUGUGUCUUGUCAUGCUCUACUCGUUCCAUGAUGCUUACAGAGACUGUCUUCUUGGCCAUUGGACCUUCCAUUGGUCUCAUCCGCUCAUUCCACCAGAGUCCGUCCUCAUAUAUUGGGAUAGACAACUCCCUAUCUCACCAAGGGUUUGAGAGGAGUUGGCUAUCCUUGCCUGGUGUAGCCGGCUUGUUGAAGCCAUUGCCUGGGGUGUGGCCACUGUUGCAUGCAAACAGCUAUGGGGAGCCACAGGUGAGAGUUGAGUGCCAGGUGGGGAUCAAAGGUGGACAAACCGUUUGAAAAGGAUGCGACAUGUUCCCCCCCCAGAGGUGCUACCCCUCCCUGACACCUCAUACACCCCAAGGCAUAGGUUUAGUCAAUAAACAAUAGUCUAACAUAGCUGACUUUGCAGUGCAGAUGUUUCAGAGAUGAAUGUAGCACCAGAGAGACCUGUUUUGGUGGUAAGCAAGUUGCUGUGGGUUGAGAUUGUCUGGGAGGCUGGAGUUGACAUGUGCCAUGAUCAGCCUCUUGAAGCACAGCAGGAUGUUGGUUGUCAGAGCCACUGGGUGGGAGUCAUUAAAGUGUCCUGCUGAAGGGUUUCGGCCCAAAACGUCAACUGUACUUUUUUCAUAGAUGCUGCCUGGCCUACUGAGUUCCUCCAGCAUUUUGUGUGUGUUGCUCGGAUUUCCAGCAUCUGCAGAUUUUCUCUUGAUUGAGGCACGGGACCUUGUUUUUUUUAGAUACUGGGAUGACAGUCAUCUUCUUAAAGGAGAUGGGAACCUCAGACUGAACAGGGUGAGAUUAAAAAUGGCGUAAAUAUCCCUGCUAGCUGAUUGGUACAGGUUAUAAAGACACAGCCAGGGACACCAUCCAAAGCAGAUGCUUUCCACAGGUUCACUCACCAGAAGUCUGAUCUGAUAUCCACGUCUAUGAGUUCAGGUGCUUUGAAAUGCUGUCAGGAAGGGUGAUUACAUUCCAUUCCCUUCUCUUUAAAACAUUAUGUUCAUUGGGGUAUUGAUCCCUUCAUGACUAGAAUCUCACCUCAUCCUUAACUCCAACCUGACCCCGCAGUCGGGUUAGUCCCAAAUCUUAAUUCCUCAUUCCCCAGGACUGGUGAUUAUAGAUAGACUCCUUCACUAGCCAAUCUUAAACUGUGAUCAAUCUCACCACCCAUCUGGCAUUGCCUUGAUCCAUGAUAACCCAAGUACCAGGGCCCAUCUCCCACAUACCAACUGAUCUGUGGCUCCUUGACCCUUAGCCAGCUAUGUCCAUUACCAUCACCACAUUGAGCUUGUCCUUUGGUUGGGGUCGACCAUGGAUACUGUGUCCUAUCACAGUUUGCAAGCUGUUGCCCAUGCAGCAGGCUCCCGCUCUCCACGCAACUGAUGAAUCCAAGGCAAAAGGUGAUACAGUUUGGGACCAGCGAUGUCUCAGGAGUUUUCAGUCAGCAUUGAACUAAUUGUAGGACUGCCUUAGGGAUGCCAGCUCCGUAUUUUUCCUCGGGUCUCCUGUUCACUCAAAGUGCUGGAGACUGGCUUCCCAAUGCCCCUGAGGUAUCUUGUAUAUCUUCUGAUAGAGCUUGCUGCACUUUGGAUAACAUCCAUUGGUUUUCAACAAAAUCCAUAAAGACAGUAGCAUUUUGAGAACCAAGGUAAGAUAUCUUCUCCCAUCAGGGUCCAGGAGUAAAGACAAACAUGAUACUCAGUUUUGGAUCCGGGCUGCUGAUUUCGACUGUUUAGAUAAAAACACUUGGAAGAGCUUCGAUGAAUAAAAAAGACAAUUAUAGAACUGAAAUUCAAAGUCCAAAGUUCAAAAUAAAUUCAUUAUCGAAGUACAUAUAUGUCACCAUAUACAACCCUGAGAUUCAUUUCUUGUGGGCAUUCACAGUAAAUACAAGAAACACAAUAGAAUUAAUGAAAGAUCCACACCCAACUGGAUGGACAACAACCAAUGUGUAAGGAAUAACAUUCCAAGCUUCGACAUGUUGUGCAUUCAUUGAUGCUCUUCGACACACAGUGUGUGGUUAUUUGAGUUACUGCUGCCUUCCUGUCAGCUUAAACCUGUCUGGCCAUUCUCCUGUGACCUCUCUCAUUAGCAAGGUGUUUUUGCUCACAGAACUGCCACUCACCGGAUUUUUUUUUUGGGUUUUGUUUUGCACCAUUCUCUGUAAACUCUAGAGAUGAUUGUGCAUGAAAGUCCCAGGAGAUCAGCAGUUUCUGAGGUACUCAGACUACCUCGUCUGCCACCAAUGAUCAUUCCAGAGUCAAAGUCACUGGGGUUACAUUCCUCCACUAUUCUGAUGUUUGGUCUGAACCAAAACCUUGACCAUGUCUGCAUGCUUUUAUACAUUGAGUUGCUGCUACAGGAUUGGCUGAUUUGAUGUUUGUAUUAACAAGCAAGUGUGCAGGUGUACCUAAUAAAGUGGCCAGUGAGUGUACGUAUGCUGUGUAAAUUUUCUGACUUAGAUGAUUCAGCAGAAAUCCGUCACCUGGUAGCUGCCUCCCUGUUGAAGGAACAGCCUGUGCUUGGAAGGAAAACAAAUUCAGUUUCUAAACAGGUAACGUAAUAAGAAUGACAAAAAUAAUACUAAUUAACUAGAAAAUCUGUGCAGAAUUGUCUUUCUAUUGAAAUGUAAAGCUAUAAAUGGUUAUAAAUAUGAGUAAUAUCAGCAUCAGAAUAGAAUUA